CCUCCCACAAAUUCACUUCAAGCCAAGUCCAUCCUCUAGAGUUCCGCUCGUGCAAAGCUGGUCGGGAGGGUAAGGCUUGGUUUAAAGACUACUCUUCUCGUUAUGUGUUAAAUGGUGCAAGAGCCGAACCCCCUCCUUCCCCUUAGUUGUUCUAUUGCUACCAUAAUGCUCCUAGUCCAAUCGGUCGGCCGGAUCGUACGCUUUGGGCAAUCGCAGGAUUGCUUCAUUGUCCAGAUAUACGUGGAAGGCAGCUUCAACAAGCAACAAAUCAUGUCGUCGACCAGGAAUGCUCUCGCCGGGCUCGCGGCUAUGGUAUCUCAAGAAAAGCUGAGCGACUUGUACGACCGCGGUGAUGGGUCGAUUACGGUUCCGGUCCGCGACUUAGAGGGCUUUGUUCUCUACAACGGGACCCUCUUCCAGAGGGAGCAUCCCCAGUGCCCAGCGGCUGCGAAGGAGCUGAAGACUCUGACUCCAACGGAGGUCCUGGCCUAUUAGUUCCAGAACAUUGGCUUUCGAAAUGUGGAGGUCACGGGCGACGAUCGGACCCCGAUCAUGACACAGACAGCGGGUCACAUGUUCGAGACGGACGCCGACUUGGGUGUGACGCCGAAGGCUACUCCAACGAAGCGCAAGCUGCAGACGAUCGAGGAGCUCGAUGCCAUGAACAAGACGUUCGCGAACAUGCCGCCGGUGUCGUCCCAACCGGAUUCGAUGUCA